AUGGAACAGAACGCUGUAGACGCCCUUCAACCGCUUUUCGAGUACUGUGACGCCGAAUCCUAUCCUUCCGAGUCCAAGGAAAACGCCCCCUCGCGCAUGUACUUCGAUAUUGAGACACGAAUAACGAACCAAGUCGACCCAGUCGAGCUGCGUUCUCAUCUGACUCCUCACACCCUGCACGCCGUUGUCUCCAGCUGCAACCUAGACCAGCUGGUCCCACGCGACCCUCAGAGCCUUCCGAAGCUCAAAAAGGCUUCCAAGACUUGGGCCAUCUCCGACCACGCUUGCGUCUUCCUUCUCGAUGCCGCCAACCACGGUCGCCGCUUCUUCACCUCCCUUCACACGUUGUCCAAUCGUUGUGACGACUGGGAUCAAGCCUACGCAGCCCUCCGCCGCCACGCGCACCACCGUCGAACCGUCGAUAAAGAUAUGCCGGGCGUGAACAAGAAAGCCAAGGGUCUUGUGCUUAAAGACGUUGACUUGGCACUUGAGGAGUUCCCGCUAGUGAAGGAGUCUGCUAUUGAAUCGGCUGCCAGGCGUCGACCCGUUGAGCCGUCGGCGCUGACAGAAUCAAUUGCCGUUUCAUCCUUCCAAGACUCUGGCCAAGCCGACCAUUGCGAGGACGCAGAUAAGUGGUCAACCACGAGCAGCAAUGAUCAGAAAGACAGAGACGGUGCUAGUGGUAAAGGUGACGACGAGGGCGAUGCUUUUGAAGAGAGCAACGUCAUCCAAGCGGACAAUGGUAUUCGACAAGACAUUGGCGCUCAAAACCUUGACAAGACUCAAAACAGCGACAAUACCUACCACGAUGACGAUAACCCACGCAAAGACGACUCAAUUCAAGACGGUGGCCUCGUCUCUCCAUCUACCCCAAAGCCCCCGCAAUGUACAAAGGUCGCUUCCACGUCGCAGUUCAUGACCCCCGCCCUUUUCCUUCACGCCAACGCCGGCUCUCGAUUGCCCCCCUCCAUGAAGUCUCCUGCGUCUUCCCACCACGACAACUAUCGACCUACAUCUGCCUCGCCCUCAGGCCAUGACUCAUUCUACAACACGGUCAUGGACGCCGACACAUCCGCUUUGACGCCCUAUCUGGGACAUAAUAUUCCUACGCCCGAGUCUACGGUGAUACUUUCCAGGCACCAGCUUGAAAUUCAGCCGCUCCCCAUCAAAGCUGCAUUUGAGCCAGCCCCGCAGCAUCCUUUCCAUGCCAAAACAAAAGCUCUCGCAAACGCAAACCUCAACCGCAAGCGCAAGUGGCAGUCCGAGCUCGUGGGGCUGGAAAGCCCGAACAAAAAGCACCAGUCGUUGGCCAUCUCCUUGGAAGACGACGAAGCAUUGCAAGAGAUGACAAGCUCAAUGAUGGAGAGUAUGGCCUGCCUCCAUCCAGGAAUAUGGAUAAACGGCUUUGUCGUGUCGGCCGCUCUUGUCGGGCUUUGCAACCUCCUUCCACGCUCGUCCGUUCUGCUCGAGGUGCCUACGGUGGAGAUGGGCAACGGCAACGCCCUUCCAGCGAAGAAUCUUAUACGCAUCCUGGACAGCGGCCAGUCUGAGGCUGUUAAUUUCCUUGUUCCGUUCAGCAGCGACAAGCAUUGGUCCCUGUCGAUCGUAACCGCCUCAGCUGUAACGCAGCCAACAGUAAAGUUAUACGACUCUCUACCAGACAACGCCGGGGGCCCACAGCACCUAAUGUCCGAGACACGCGGCCGCCUUACCACAGUCAUGGACGCAGCCGGCUCUACUGCCAUGGAAAAGUGGCCUAGAUUGGCCUCGCCCCAGCCUUGGAGCGAAUCGGCUUGGCUCGGCGUGAAACAAGACAACAUGAAUGACUGCGGUGUUGCCGUCAUCUUGCACGCGUUCCAUGCCAUCGCUAAAGUUGGCCUCCCGCAAAACACAGACUGGCUUCUGUGGCGGCGCGUCAUUGCGGCCUUUCUGGCGGUGCCGAGUGACCCAGCCGUACUGCCCGAGUCAGCCGAGAUGAAAGAGUCGGCGGUUUUGAAGGCCAUUCGCGUUGCACACGAUUCUGAGCUUGGUCUAGGACCUACGGGUCACGUCAUGGUGGCUUUUGAUCUACCACAGACCCUAAGGAACAUGGUUGUGCCGAACGACCACACGAGUGCCGGAUCAAUCAGAGCCGACGCCGUAGGGGAAGCUUGCGAAAGCCUCGAGCGGCUGGUGAGCACUAUGCGAUCGAACAAAACUGCGGCAGUUGCAGCAAUGCGGGCGAAGCGGGCUCAAAGCAGAAACACAGUGGGUGAUGUCAAGGCGAUCAUUGCCAACCUUCGCGCGCAUUCGGUCCUGACGCCACUGGACGAGUGUACGCAGAAACAGCGCAGAGAUUUGGACAGGCUUCGAGCAAUGAUCGCAACGUAG